CCAGCGUCCAGGAGGCUAGAGGGUCCUUCUUCUCAGACCUGCAUAUACCCCUUCGGUCUCUCUUUUAGUCACAUGUGGACCCCUCGUCUGCCGGUCUUUCAACGCUCCGGACGGAGUCUCGCAUAAAUGGCGGAAGUCGAGAAUGGCUCGGUAAACGAGCCAACCCAAACAGCUACGGCCCUGCCGCAGGCAGACAACAACGAGGAUGCCGGCGAUGUCAUAGCGCAUACAGAUCACUCCGUCGACGGAGGCAAGCCCAUACUACCGGAGGAGUCGGAACGUCAGGAAAUCGCGGUAGAGGAAUCGGAGGAUGCUCAUCCAUCCCCGGAACAAUUGGAAGCUGCUGAGAACACAGAGUCACCGAAUCAAUCCGCAAGCCCUCCGGAGGGAGCCGUCGCAUCAUCACCGGAACCCAAGCCCGACGCGGGGGCUGAGUCGAAGUCGAAGGAUGAUGUUGCGAAUAUACCACCAGAGGUUCCGGCUGUCAGUGUUGAACAUGAAACCCCGGCCGAAAGACAAGAUGUCGGUUCCAUCCCACCUAAUGAUGAACUUGCUUCCGAUACCCGCAUGCGCUCGGAUUCACGGUCAACAACUGCAACGUUUGCCACGCACCGCUCUGUGACUGUCAGCUCUACCGUCUUCAUUGUCACAGCUCUGGACACCAUUGGUGCAUCCAAGGAGGCGCGGAGAAGCAAGGAAUUGGACGAUGCUGUGAAGAGCGCGCUCGCGAAUGUCAAACAGUCGGACCGUCAGCCCAUUGACCCUGAACUUAUCUUUCGCCCUCUACAGCUUGCCACCAAAUCCAUCAGCAUUCCUCUUCAAGUGACGGCACUCGACUGCAUUGGAAAAUUGAUUACCUACUCAUACUUCGCCUUUCCUUCGGCACAUGAGGGGAAGACGUCGGACUCGGAGGCCAACCCUGAACAGCCACCCCUCAUUGAGCGAGCCAUUGAUGCGAUCUGCGAAUGCUUUGAGAACGAAGCAACACCGGUCGAAAUUCAGCAACAAAUCAUCAAGUCCCUUCUUGCAGCAGUUCUGAAUGAUAAGAUUGUUGUUCAUGGAGCAGGUCUCCUGAAAGCCGUCCGCCAAAUAUACAAUAUCUUCAUCUACUCCAAAUCAUCUCAGAAUCAGCAGAUUGCCCAGGGGUCCUUGACACAAAUGGUUAGCACGGUUUUCGAUAGAGUCCAGGUCAGACUGGACUUGAAAGAGCUAUGCUUGCGCGACAGCGAGAAAGGGCAGCAUAGCUCCUCAGACACCGCAACUCUGGAGGCGGGAGAGACUCCCCAAGCAACGGAAGAUGACCACGAGUCAGAUGCGCCCUCUGCCGCAACUUCCGACCACCCUGUCACGAAGGAGCCCGGGGAGAAACUGACAUUGCAAAGUUUCGAGUCGAGCAAGGACGUGACCUCUGUCAACGACAAUGCUCCCACAAUGGUUACUCGUGCGAGGGGUAAUCAGAGAUCGGCACGGUCUUUGUCCGCGGCUUCAGGAGAGGACAUCGACGGCAGUGCAGACGAUGAUGAAGAUGAAAUUUAUGUCAAAGAUGCCUUCCUGGUCUUCAGGGCUCUCUGCAAGCUGAGCCACAAAAUCCUGAGUCAUGAUCAACAGCAAGAUCUCAAGUCCCAGAACAUGAGGUCCAAAUUGUUGUCCUUGCACUUGAUCCAUUAUCUCAUCAACAACCACGUCGCAGCCUUCACAUCUCCGCUCUUGACCAUCAAAAACAGCUCCAACGGCCCGGACGCGAUGACACUUCUACAGGCUGUUCGGCCCCAUCUCUGUCUGAGUCUGAGCCGCAAUGGCUCUAGCUCGGUGCCUCGGAUCUUCGAAGUCUGCUGUGAGAUCUUCUGGCUCAUGCUAAAGCACAUGAGAGUGAUGAUGAAGAAAGAACUCGAGGUUUUCCUGAAAGAAAUUUACUUGACCAUUCUCGAGAAGCGCAAUUCCCCCACGUUCCAAAAACAAUACUUCAUGGAGAUCUUGGAGAGGCUGGCCGGUGAUCCGCGCGCUUUAGUUGAAAUGUACCUCAACUAUGACUGCGACAGGACCGCAUUGGAGAAUAUCUUCCAGAACGUCAUCGAACAACUAUCGCGAUACGCAAGUAUACCUGUUGCGGUCACCGCUUUCCAGCAACAACAAUAUUUGGAGCAUCAUGUCAAAGUCUCGACUCUUGGAAACGACUGGCAUCAACGGGGUACUCUACCGCCUUAUCUGACCACGGCUAAUGUAGCCAACGGUCAUCUGCCAAACAUGCAACAUGUACCCCCGGAUUAUAUACUCAAGAAUCAAGCGGUCGAAUGUCUAGUGGAAAUUCUGCAAUCGUUAGACAACUGGGCCUCGCAGCGUUUGGUUGAUCAGGCCGCUCCUGCUCUCAAUUCGUCUUCGCAGAAAUCAAUCGACAAUCCCAGGGACUCUACGGAAACGACCGCCGCAACCUACCUUGCCUCCCCAAGAAUUGAGAGUACUGACGGCAGUACUACACCUGUCGCAGAAGACGAUCCGAACCAAAUAGAGAGGGUCAAACAAAGGAAGAUUGCUUUCACGAACGCUAUUCAACAAUUCAACUUCAAGGCCAAACGGGGAAUCAAACUGUUCGUCAAAGAGGGCUUCGUACGCUCUGAUUCACCCGAGGACAUUGCUGCGUUUUUGUUUCGAAAUGACCGGUUGGAUAAGGCCAUGGUUGGUGAGUAUCUCGGCGAAGGGGAUGCGGAGAAUAUUGCCAUCAUGCAUGCUUUCGUCGAUAUGAUGGAGUUUUCAAAGCGCCGCUUCGUUGACGCUCUGCGUCAAUUCUUGCAGCACUUCCGAUUGCCCGGUGAAGCACAGAAGAUCGAUCGCUUCAUGCUCAAGUUCGCAGAACGCUACGUCACCCAAAAUCCAAACGCGUUUGCAAAUGCGGAUACCGCUUACGUUCUCGCGUACUCCGUCAUCAUGCUCAACACAGAUCAACACAGUGCCAAGAUUAAGGGUCUCCGUAUGACGAAGGAAGACUUCAUCAAGAACAACCGGGGUAUUAACGACAACCAGGACUUGCCUGACGAGUAUCUCAGCUCCAUCUACGAGGAAAUUGCAAGCAAUGAAAUCGUUCUGGAUACUGAAAGAGAGCAUGCUGCCAAUCUCGGCAUUCCGACAUCUACCCCUACUGGCGGCCUGGCCUCCAGGGCUGGACAGGUUUUCGCAACCGUGGGACGGGAUAUUCAAGGUGAAAAAUACGCCCAAGCCUCUGAGGAAAUGGCCAACAAAACAGAGCAGCUUUAUCGAAGUUUAAUACGAGCACAGCGAAAGACCGCUGUCAAGGAAGCUCUCUCGCGCUUUAUCCCGGCAACGUCUGCCCAGCACGUGGGAUCCAUGUUCAAUGUCACCUGGAUGUCUUUCCUUUCUGGCUUGUCUGCCCCAAUGCAAGAUACUCAAUACCUAGAAAUCAUCCGGCUUUGCAUGGGAGGGAUGAAGCUGGCGAUUCGCAUCAGUUGUGCAUUUGAACUUGAAACCCCUCGGGUUGCGUUUGUCACAGCGUUGGCCAAAUUCACAAAUCUGGGCAACGUUCGGGAGAUGGUGGCCAAGAACGUGGAAGCUUUGAAGGCCUUACUUGAUGUAGCUCUUACGGAAGGAAACCACCUUAAGGGCUCAUGGAGAGAAAUCCUGACCUGUGUCAGUCAACUCGACCGUCUUCAACUCCUAAGCGAUGGCGUCGAUGAAGGCUCCUUGCCUGAUGUCUCCCGAGCUCGCAUUGUGACCCAACCAUCUUCGGACGGAUCUCGGAAGUCCAUGCAAGCCUCAAGGCGGCCUCGCCCCCGAUCAAUCAAUGGACCGACAGCUUUCCGUACCGAGGUUGCAAUGGAGAGUCGGUCUGCAGAAAUGAUCCGGGGAGUGGAUCGCAUUUUCACCAACACGGCUAACCUCUCUCACGAGGCCAUCAUCGACUUUAUCCAGGCCCUGAGCGAAGUCAGCUGGCAAGAAAUUCAAUCUUCCGGGCAAACUGAAUCCCCUCGGACUUACAGUUUGCAGAAGCUCGUCGAGAUCAGCUAUUACAACAUGACGAGAGUCAGGAUAGAAUGGUCCAAGAUUUGGGAAGUCCUCGGUCAGCAUUUCAACCAGGUGGGGUGUCAUUCGAACACGACGGUGGUCUUCUUUGCGCUUGAUUCGCUUCGCCAGCUCUCUAUGCGUUUCAUGGAAAUUGAAGAGUUGCCCGGUUUCAAGUUCCAAAAAGAUUUCCUCAAGCCCUUCGAGCAUGUCAUGGCGAAUAGCAGCGCAGUAACUGUCAAGGAUAUGAUUCUCCGGUGUCUCAUUCAAAUGAUCCAAGCACGUGGUGACAACAUUCGUUCUGGCUGGAAAACAAUGUUUGGCGUCUUCACAGUUGCUGCACGGGAGCCAUAUGAAGGCAUCGUCAAUAUGGCAUUUGAGCAUGUUACCCAGAUCUACAACACUCGAUUUGGGGUCGUGAUUACACAGGGCGCUUUUCCUGACCUCGUUGUGUGCCUCACUGAGUUCUCCAAGAACUCAAGGUUCCAGAAGAAGUCGUUGCAGGCAAUUGAGACCUUGAAGUCCACGGUUUCGAAAAUGCUCAGGACGCCGGAGUGCCCACUGUCUCACCGCGGUGCAUCCCCGGAAGGCUUCCAUGAAGAUGCUACCAACCUUUCCCAGCAGCUCACCCGCCAGUCUAAAGAAGAGCAGUUCUGGUAUCCGAUCUUGAUCGCGUUCCAAGACGUGCUGAUGACCGGCGAUGAUCUGGAGGUCCGCUCACAAGCACUGACAUACCUCUUCGAGACAUUAAUCCGGUACGGCGGUGAAUUUCCACAGGAAUUCUGGGACGUGCUGUGGAGACAGCUUCUCUAUCCUAUCUUUGUGGUGCUACAGUCGAAAUCGGAAAUGUCCAAGGUGCCUAAUCAUGAAGAGCUUUCUGUGUGGCUGUCAACAACCAUGAUUCAGGCCUUGAGGAAUAUGAUCACGCUGUUCACUCACUACUUUGACGCACUUGAGUACAUGCUCGGUCGCAUUCUCGAGCUCCUCACUCUGUGCAUCUGUCAAGAAAAUGACACCAUUGCGCGAAUUGGAAGCAACUGCCUGCAACAGCUGAUCUUGCAGAAUGUUAGCAAAUUCCAGCUGGAGCAUUGGAAAAAGGUUGUUGGGGCUUUUGUCGAGCUUUUCAGCAAGACCACUGCGUACGAGCUGUUUACUGCCGCUGCCUCCAUCUCUUCCAAGGCACCGAGCUCGCUGAAAAACGGGGAAGCCUCAAUCAACGAAGAGUCUGGGCCAGAAUCUUCCGAAACGGCCUCGGAUCAGGAACAUGUACCUGAACCGCAGAAGGCUAACGGGGCGCAGAGUGUGACGUCGGAGCACGAGGAGGGCGACAUGCCUGCGACCUCAACUCCCGCAUUGGAGGAUUACCGACCUCAGGCAGAGGCCCAGCAACAACCAGCCGCUGUGACCGUGGCACGACGUCGGUUCUUCAACCGUAUCAUUACCAACUGUGUACUUCAGUUGCUUAUGAUUGAGACUGUUCACGAACUGUUCUCAAACGACAAAGUCUACGCCCAGAUCCCCAGCCAUGAGCUCCUUCGCCUGAUGGGCUUGCUGAAGAAAAGUUAUCAGUUUGCGAAGAAGUUCAACGAGGACAAGGAAUUGCGGAUGCAACUGUGGCGUCAAGGGUUUAUGAAGCAACCUCCCAACCUCCUCAAGCAGGAAAGUGGAAGCGCUGCCACUUACGUCCACAUCCUUUUCCGCAUGUAUCACGACGAGAGGGAGGAGCGUAAAAGCAGCCGCGCAGAAACAGAGGCGGCUCUGAUUCCGUUGUGUGCGGAUAUAAUUCGCAGCUUCGUCCGUCUUGAUGAAGACUCACAGCAUCGGAACGUAGUGGCCUGGCGUCCGGUGGUUGUGGACGUCAUCGAGGGCUACACCAACUUUCCCACCGAGGGCUUCGACAAACAUAUUGGAACUUUCUACCCAUUAGCGGUUGAUCUGUUGGGUCGCGACCUGAACCCUGAGAUUCGCGUCUCCCUUCAAUCAUUGUUGCGGAGAAUCGGCGAGGCAAAGCUGGGUAUACCUGCCACCCAAUCAUCUCUGCCAGCGCCGUCUAGUCACCGGAACUCCGUGUCGAGCCAGUAUCCCCGCAAACACAGUGGAGGUCGUUGAACAAGACGGCCAGUGUUCGAUUUUGUGUGUUGACGUUACUUCCUUCCUUCUGUUUACUUUGCGCUGCUUUUUGGAUAUCCUCGCCUACAGGACUGUAGGGCUUUUCUCGAUCUGGAGGAGUAUUGAAUGUAGACCUAGCACAGCAUUGCGUUUGUUUCUUCUUAUCUCCCGCGAGACUCCUUCGACGGGACUUAUAUUUGUAUGUACAAAAUAACAUCUUUAUGAGAGCGUUGCCGG